AUGAAGCUCUUGGUUGUCUCGGCACUCGUGGUCGCAGCUUACGCGGCACCUCAAGGCUACAAUUUGGCCUCGCCAUCGGGAGGUGGAUUCUCCCAUAGUGGAGGUCACUCAUCCGGAAGUGGCUUCUCUAGUGGCGGCGGAGGCUCCGGUGGAGGAUUCUCCAGUGGCGGUGGAAUCUCUGGUGGAGGAUUUUCAAGCAGCGGAGGAAUCUCUGGUGGAGGAUUUUCAAGUGGUGGUGGAAUCUCUGGUGUAGGAUUCUCAAGUGGCGGUGGAGUGUCUGGUGGAGGUUUCUCCGGUGGAAGCAGUGGUGGAUUUGGUGGUGGAUCUGGAGGUCACGCUGGUGGGUGUCGUGAUGGAGAGAUCCUGCAUGUAGAUGGAUCUUGCGUUGUUCCUGUAAUCACGAGAAAUGUGUUUGUGUAUGAUGCUCCUGAACAAGCUCAGCAGCCAAGCGGUCCACCACCAAGUGUCCCACCACCAAGAGUUGAUCAUAACAUUCUGUUCGUGCGUCUUCCUGAAGGAGGAGCAGGUCCUGAACCCAUCAUCGUUCCUCCACCAAGGCAAGAGAACAUCGUGUAUGUCCUGAACAAGAACGAUGGAGCAGGAGGCCAGCGAGUAAUUGAGGUUACUGCUCCUCCAGCUACCAACCCCGAGGUUUACUUUGUCAACUACGAAGAGGGAGAGAACCCAACUCUUCCUAUUGGCGUGGAUCUCGAGACUGCUCUUAACGCUGCCGCUAGUGCUGGUGGUCAAGUGAUCGGAGGCGCCGGAGGAGCAGGUGGCUUUGGAGGCGAUGGAGGAUUUGGCGGUAGUGGAUCAGGUGGCUUUGGAGGCGAUGGAGGAUUUGGCGGUAGUGGAGCAGGAGGAUUUGGAGGCGAUGGAGGAUUUGGCGGUAGUGGUGGAAGUGGAGGAUUCGGUGGUGCAGGUGGAGUAAGUGGAGGUUUCGGUGGCGUAAGUGGAGGAAGCGGAGACUUUGGCGGAAGUGGAGCAGGAAGUAGUGGAGGAUUUGGAGGAAGUGGAAGCAGUGCUGGUACUCCAUCCACUUUAUAUUCCGGCCCUUAAACAUUAUGGAAGGAACAGUUCCACCUUGCUAAGUAAUAUCUACCUUCAUGUUAAUAUAGUCAGUUAAUAUUUUAUUACUAUCGUUUAUAACUUUUAACAAAUACAUA